CGUAUAUUAAUUAUGAUUAUAUAUGGAAAUCGGAAUCUAAACGUUUCCUCCAAAUAUAAUGCCAUUUGUACAGGCAUCUACAUUCGUACACUUUUGUUUUCUAAAGUUUUUUAAGAUCGAAUAACCACUCCUUUGUAAUUCGUUUCCGUUUCGUUUCGUUUUUCAUAAUCUUCUGUUUCAAACAUUCGCAAGAUGGUGAUUGCGACUCAGUAAAAAGAUGUAGAUCUUUACACAAAAUCCGAAAAAAUUGAUAACAAUGACGUAUCUGAUUGAUGAAUUCAAAUGGUAGCGAGCACCAGUUUAAGUGCUGACAUGCAUGUAGAAAUGGACGGAUAUAUUUAAGAUCAUGAUUUGUUCGUUAUUCAGAUCAUCAAGAAGACAGCAUUGGGAGACUGCGGCCAAGAAAGUACAGGAAAAUUGUCAAAGACAAUGUCCCUGAAGGUCAUUUUGGACACAGAGAGGAUGACAAAAGGAGCUCAAAGAAAAGAAUUGAGCCCACAAAGCAAAGCAUUGCUGACGUUCUUGAUGCUCCUUGCACAAGUGCUGCAGAAGGACUCACAAUCAGUGACCUGCUGACUGAUUAUGUCCAGCAACAACAGAGGGAAGAGGAACCUGCCAAGAAAGAUGAAGGGGAUGGCACCCAGGCUGAGCCCAAUUCAGAAAUGGACCAGCCCAUAUAUGAUGGACAUUGGAUGUCCAUAGGCUUAAGCAUUAUGCUGAUCUCAUUGUUUGCUAUGUGUCACUCUGUUACCGGUGCCAUGUUGGCCGAUUUACUGGUAUUGAUACGGUUGCACUGUUUGUCACAGCCUAAAGCCCUGCAGAGUGUGUAUAUGCUGAGAAAGACAUUUGCUUCUUUUGAAUCUCCCCUGCAGAGAUUCUAUUAUUGUAACAACUGUCAUUCGCCUGUGUCAAAAGAAGAAAUUUGUCCCAACACUUUUUGUUCCAAGUCCCUGUUAGCCUCUAGUUCUAAGAGUUUUUUCCUUGUGUUCCCACUUUACCAUCAGCUGCGUUCCUUUUUCAAAAACCAAACUUUUGUAUCUGGUCUGGGCCACCGAUUCCACCGGCAGAAGAAAAAUGCAAGAAACUAUGAGGACAUAUAUGACUCAAACGUAUAUCAACAAUUUGUUGUCAAUGAUGGACCACUUUCAGAAAAGCAUCCAUACAACAUAUCAUUUACUUUCAACACUGAUGGGGUUCCGUUGUUUAAAAGCUCACAAAUGUCCAUGUGGCCAGUAUAUUUGAUGGUUAAUGAACUCCCAUUCAAGCAAAGGAAGUCAAAAACUAAUAUGCUUAUGUAUGGGAUAUGGUUUGGGUCAACAAAGCCAUGUAUGAGUACAUUUUGUGAACCCCUUCAGGCAUCUUUGUCAGACCUUGAAACAAAUGGUGUGCAGGUUGAAGUAAAUGGUGAAUCUGUUAUUUGCCAUUGUUUUCUAAUUGCUUUGACUGCCGAUCUACCUGCAAAAAGUUCAGUUUUAAAUAUGGUUCAGUUCAAUGGAUCGCACAGUUGUCUUUUUUGCACACAAAAAGGGAAAAACUUCCGAACUGAUAAAGGUGGCAAUGUUCACAUAUUCCCUUAUGUUGAAGAGGAUCCUAGUGGUCCCGCUCGUACCGCCACUGAUUCCGUUAGAAAUUCACUAACUGCUAGCUCUGUACAACCAGUUGAAGGAAUCAAAGGUUACUCCUUCCUUAUGAAUCUGUCCAGCUUUGAUUAUGUUCGAUCAUGCAGUGUAGACUACAUGCAUUGUGUUCUUUUAGGCGUAACUAAAUUGCUCCUUACUUUAUGGUUUUCUUCAGCACAUGCCGCCUCAAGAUUUUCUUUAUUGCCAUAUGUUAAUUCUGUUGACAAUUUGCUUUGUUCUGUAAAACCACCAUCCAACAUAUCGAGGCUGCCUAGAUCCAUAAAUGAACAUUUAAAAUACUGGAAAGCUGCUGAAUUAAGAUCAUGGCUUCUAUUUUACUCAAUUCCAAUUCUGCGAGGUUUGUUGCCUUAUGUGUAUUUUUAUCAUUACACUUGUUUUGUUGAAGCCAUCACCUUACUUUCAAUGGACAGUAUUUCUGAAGCAGAUGUGAAAAAUGGACAGGUUUUGUUAGACUAUUUUGUAUACAUGUUUGCAGAUUUGUAUGGAGAGAGAUACUUAACACUUAAUGUCCACUCUCUUUUGCACUUGCCCUCAACUGUACAAAACCUUGGUCCUCUCUGGGUACAUUCUUGUUUCCCAUUCGAAAAUCUUAAUGGUAAUCUUAUGUCAAUGUUUCAUGGGACACAACAUGUUGACUUACAAAUUAUGAAUGCUUUUAACAUGAUGCAACUGAUGCCUUUAAUGCUAUCCUCUGUAAAGAAAGAUUCUCCAGCCUAUGAAUUCCUAACAAAACUCUGCAAGAAUUCCCAACACUACUUGCAAGGAGAGUUGACCAAGUCUUGUAAAUUUAUUGGUAAGGGCUUCAAGAAGAAGCUCUGUAGUGUCCAUAAUGUUGCACUGAUAGAUUUCUUAGGGGCUGAACCUAAAGACUUCAUGGUCUUCAAGCAGCUUAAGUUGAGAGGAAAAACCUUUCAUUCCAAAGAGUAUGUUAGAUCAUUGAAAAGAAAUUCAUCAGCAGUUAUGUUCAGAGAAAAAGAAAACAAAAGAAGGGGUGUUAUCAACUGGUUUUGUUUCACCCAAGAUGUCAAUUGUAUAUGUGAAAAAAACCACUGUGAUGACAGUUGCAAGAUGCUGGCCUGCAUCACUCCGUAUGAUGUGGAUGCAAGAUCCAUAUUUUCAUCUUAUGAGGAUGAAGCUGACAACUUUCUUGGUGUUGAGCCAUCCCAUGUAAAAUUAGUUAAGGCACAGACUGAACACAUGGGGGUAGUUAUCAUACCAGUUAAGAACUUAAUAUCCUUAUUGAUACCAGUUGUCAUUGAUGACACCCUUUUCUUUUGUGAACAACCCAACAACAUAGAAGGUGACCUGUAAUGUAAUUGAACCCACUGUGAAUGGAAAUAACUCUAAAUUGGCUCGUCUGGGACAGUUGUUGCAAAUAUUAAAUUCAUUCAAAUACAUGAAUAGUGAAUCAAGAUGUUAAUUUAUUGCAUUUAUGUAAAUAACCUCAAAUCAAUAUAUUGGUAAAUGCAUGUAAAGAAACAAAUACUUCAUAAACAUUUUUUUUCAACAAUGAAUGGACAGUCACUUUUAAUCACUCCCUCAUUCUGUUGAGAAAAGAACUUUCUCACACACCUUUGUGUUCAUAUUUCACAUUCCUCCAUGCACGUGUCAGGAUAAAUAUCCAGCAGGUUUUAUAGAGAAACCCUCUGACCUCUUAAAAUUUCUGUGUUGGCUAUUCUUAUAUAACUUUUUUCUGAUGAGACUGUUAUAUGGUACACAAACACUGUUACUUUCUGAUGGAAAUUUAUGAAUAUAUUGUACAUUCUUUUCAUUUUCCAGAAUAUUGUAUACUCAAAUUCCUGCAUUUGUUUUUACUGUAUUUAAUAAAAAUGUACCUAGAAGAAUUAACUGUGUUGAGUAUUUCAUUAUUUAUGUCUUUGUUGACAUACAUAGGAUUCUCUAAUUCAUUGCAUGUGAAUUUAUAAGAUCAAUAGUUUUAAAGAAAAUUCAAAAUAAAUAAUAAAGAUCAUGUCAUCAAGGUUCUAGGUCUUGACUGAAGCUCAGUCUAUUGAAUGGUAUCAAAGGGUGUCUUUGAAAGGUAUAAACUUACAAAAUUCUUCAUUUGGUUUUUGAAAGUGAGGAUGCAUUGCAAACCAUUUUUCAAGUUGCCUAGUGAUGAAGUAUAAGUCUCCAAACAAUUGCUUCGAAGAUCUCCACUAGCAAACUAGGAAACUCAACAGUACCUUUUCAAUUUUGUAUGUAAAGAAGUCGCCGAUACAUCCUUGCAGACAGUCAACUAUUUUCUUGCCUUAUGAAGAAGUCACUGAAUAGUAUUCACAAAGUCUUUGUGUGGUCUUUGCUAGCGAGGAUGCACUUGAUACAUCCUUGCAAACCUUCAGCUACUUUAUUGCCAUUCCGAGGAAGUCUCCGAAUAGUCUUUGCAAAUUGUUUUGAAGGUCUUCACUAGCGAAGACGUAUCCGAGACAUCUUAGCUUUUUUGCUGGUCUGUGGAGAAGUCUCCGAAACAUCUUUAGAGAUCUCCCCAGACAUCCACUGCUAGUGGAGAUGCAUUAGAAACGUCUUCGGUGACAUAAGUAUAUAAUUGCUUUUUUGGGGAAGUACUUGAUUAUUCCCCAGAAUAGUCUUUGAUGGGUCUCCACAAAGUCUCGGCUAGCCGAGACCAUAAAAAUUGGCUAAAAUCCCACAAAAGAUGCAUCGGGACGGUCUCGGGGCGGUCUCGGAUACAUCUUUUCUGGGUUUUUUUUUUG